AUGUCUUCGGACAAGGAUGCGAAGGUCGACCUUGGGUCUCUAACCCAAAGCAUCAUCAACGACUGCUUGUAUACGGUUAUCCACGACCUGGUACUGCAGACUCAUCGACGCGAGAAACUACUUUUACGAACUGUGGACCCCACUACAGGUCUGCCAAUCUGCCCGUCAUGCAACCUCCCACGACUUCUGGAUCCUCCUCUAGCGAAUGCGAACCCUCCCAAGAAGAUACAGUACUGCACACAUAUCCCCUGGUCGACGCGACCAGGACACGACAUCUAUGGCAAUCCAUUCCCGGUUGCUGGCAGCGAUAAACCGCCGACCAAAAAAGAGCGUGAGAGAAUGAAGGCAGAAUCAAAUGCAUCCAAGGAGCAUGGCACUGCACCUCCUUCACCCUCGGCAGAUCAACCCAACACUGGUGGUCCUGUUGACAAAAAGGCUGCAAAGGUCGGCGAAAGACUCAAGGGCGGCACAUAUAUCCCGUGGCACACAUGUCCGUCGUGCAAGCGCAGUCUACUCAUCACACGUUUUGCGCAACAUCUGGAAAAGUGUCUCGGAAUUGGAGGCAGAGGAGCUCGAGCUGCCCGGCUUAAUAAUGCAAACGGAGCAUCUCCGCUCGGCAGCAGAGGCGGUACACCGACACCAAACUCACGCGGUUCCAAAAACGGAGAUGACGACGAGGACGAAGACGAUGACAAGUCUGGAGGAGUGCGUAAGAAGGUGCUCAAACGCGGACUGAAAGAAAGCAUGAAGAAGGAUGUAAAGGGAUCAAAGCUUGGGAAGCGUCCAGGCAAGUCUGAUUCCAAGACGGAUAAGAGAGAAAGAGAUGAGCUGGGAGACGAUGAAGACAACACGCCUCUGCGAAAACGUAUGAAGCUGCAGAGAGUCGGUAGUACAGCAAGCUUGCAGACCAGCAUCGCUGGCGAGGAGAGCAUCGACGGAAGUUUUGUAGAUGACAACGACAGCGGCGACGAUUGA